AUGUGUAUGGCCUUGUUUGAUUACUGGUGGAAUCAACGGAAUGGCUUUCAUGCUAUCUGGAGUUUGGAUGAUUUUACAAGCGGGAGGAUUCUGGUGAAGGCAGAACGUUAUAACAUUAUAGAUGGCCCGGAAUCAGGCAGGCUUGCCAUUUAG